AUGGGUUUCAUCGAGAAGCUGCAAUACAAACUCGAACUCUACCGCCUCGAGCAACGCUACACCCGCCGCGAAAAGCGCACCACCUUCUACAGCGACGCGCAAUACGUCGACGGCGAAUACAUCUACGCUUCCUCGCCCACCUCGACCAAAUCGAACGGCACCAAUGGGAGUCGGCGGAGCAAAGGCGCGAGCGUGAGGAUACGCGAGCUGGUGACAGGAUGCAGAUGA